CCGCUGCCGCUGCCACGGUCUGAGCCUGCCCAUACUGGAGACAGAAACAUGGAGAAGCAUGUGGGUUCACUGCAGGAACAGGCCCUGAAGAGGAAAGAGAGACUCAAAGCUCUCAGAAACAAACAGAGUCAUGGCCAGGAGCCAGAGGACGGGGAGCCAGUGGAGAAAAAACCAUUGUUCCUCACGUCUUCAUCCGAGGAGGCUGUGGAGGAGAAACACAGAGAGCUGAAGCUGAGGAAUUACACCCCGGAGGACGAAGAGCUGAAGGAGAGACAGGUGCCAAAAGCCAAACCAGCGUCAGUGGAGGAUAAAGUUAAAGACCAGUUGGAGGCAGCUAAUCCAGAACCCAUCAUUGAAGAAGUGGAUUUGGCCAACCUCGCCCCGAGAAAACCUGACUGGGAUCUGAAACGUGAUGUGGCGAAGAAACUGGAGAAGCUGUCGAGGAGAACCCAGAGAACCAUCGCUGAGCUCAUCCGGGAUCGUCUGCGAGGCAGUGAGGAUGAGUUGGCCUUAGCGGUGGGAGCAGUGGAGGUGGGACCGAUGGAGGAGGGAGACAUGGACUGAAUCCAAGAUGUUCAAAAACAAAAAGACGACCUGGUGAAUGAGUGGAACACCACAGUGAUGGUCUGACUUUACAUCACAUCUGUGUUGUGCUCAGAAAGAAUGCUGCUGUCAUCGGUUCUCUCAGGUCUUCAUCAUUGUGUCACUGCAUUUGAAUAUAGAGUAGCACAUUCGGUAUGUGUUGUACAUUGAUGUGCAUUGUUUAUGUAAUCAUCAAUAUUUUGUUGAAUUUUUUAAUAUUAAUUAAAAUGUGAUUUUUCAAA